AUGGUUCAGUAUUUCGCUGUUUUCCUGAUUCCCUCUUUUUUUAGCGGCUCAUUGCGAACAACCACCUCACCUCAGCAACAAACUGACGCCUCAAAGUUAAAAGACUUAUGCCAGGUAAAAAACACCUAGAAACCGUUUUAUUACUCUCACGUCGUUACUAUCAUUUACUUAAAACUACCGGUUAAAACUGUGUGUGGCAGGUUAUUUAAAAGUCCCCGCUUCAGCAUGAUCUUCCCUCGAAAAAAUGAAGCCUGUCCAUUGUUAACUGUUAAUUUUCGCUGAUUCAUCCACGUCCAUUCGAGGCGAGAUAACACUUUAAAGAGGAUUAUGAUAUCCAAGGUCUAUUCCGUGCCUCGCAAACAAGGAAGACGGCUGGCGGGUAUAGACUUUGUCCACUUUGGUCUGGAAUCAUUGUUUGCGAGUAAGCUACUGGCGUGUAUUUAUCGUUUCAAUUUGAAAUGAGAAGCAAAGAGAAAUAAUUAUGUGAAUUCUUUUUCGUUGCUGUUCUAAAUUAAUUUAAGUAUAAAUGAUGACAUGCAUAAUUUAAUUCUUAGAGACAAGGCCUGAAAAGGGGGGUAAAAAAUGACGUGUUUUGGUCUGAAAUAGAGUCAGGAUUUGGAGAACCGGGCGGCACACCCCCACUAAGAAUUCCCAAGAGUACCCUCCCUCCCCCACCCCCGCCUUAUUUAAGAUCCCGUGUUGUCUUCGUCUCGGCUAAUUACAAGUCAUCUUUACUUUCAGCGAUCUAUGCUGGGUUUUCUUGGUAUUCCAGGAUCAAAUGGUAUACCGGGAGUGCCGGGCGUCCCGGGGCCACACGGACCCCAAGGAAGGGAAGGUGUAAAAGGACAAAUUGGUGAUAAAGGAUCGCAAGGAAUGCCGGGUCCGAGAGGAGACAGUGGGCGCGAAGGACCUCCUGGGAAAAGUGGACCCCGAGGAAUUAAGGGAAUGAAAGGUCAACAGGGACUUCUGGGAAUGAAAGGAGAGCAAGGAGCUGUGGGAAUUAAAGGAGCACGAGGCAUUAUGGGGAAUCAAGGAAAAAAAGGAGACAAAGGAGACAAAGGAGAAAGCGCCAAAGCAAGUCAAGCAAGUGUAGUACCACAAACCAACUGGAAACAAUGUGUGUGGAAAUCAUACAGCAACACUGAUAACGGAACGAUUAAGGUAAUCAGAAUAAGAAUCAUUCAUAACACCUUCUAAAGAAAAUUUACACCUUUUUAAAUUAAAAUGUUUCAAAGAAGAACGUCUCCCCUCUCACCCACCGUCUGUCAACACAUUACAUAAAGAACUGAGUUACAUAUCCCUCGGCUUGGGUUCUUUAGGAUCGAAAAAAGGAGAACAAUCGUACGUGAUAAAAGGAUUCCUGGCCAAAUGGAUGAGGACAACAAAAAUUGAAGCUAUUAUAAAGUUUUCAAAAAUUCGCAUGUAAUCUUGAAUGGAGAUGUUAGUAUCAAUCAUUAUACACACGGUUGCUUGCCUUGUUACAAAGAAUUUAGAACCUCUUGAUCCAAACACCUUAACUUCUUAUGUAACAAGAGUCACUCCUACAAGAUGCGACAUAGAGUUAAAUUGGGAGCUAGUGAAGAAGAAAAUUGAAAAAUCAUCAUCAAACCCGAAUAAAGCUACUGGACCGGACCUGGUCUCACCCAAGGACCUUAAACUCCUUGGGGAAUCUUCUAUCCAUAGCCUGCUGCCAGUUUUCAAGAAAAGUAUAGAUGAUGCAGUUUUUCCAACAAACUGGAAACUCUCACGUGUAAAGCCAGUUUUUAAAAAGGGAGCACCCACUGAUAUGAGCAACUUCAGGCCCAUAUCUCUCUUAAGUAUCCCAGGAAAGAUUCUUGAAGACAUUAUAAGCAACAGCAUAGACAAUCACAUUGAAGCUCAGAACCUGCUUAGUGACAAUCAAUGGGGCUUUCGCAAGAAUCAUUAUACAGAGGGUCUCCUUCUUCAUCUUACUGACACUUGGAAGUGGGCCCUAGAUAAUAAUCUUAAAGUUGGUGUUCUGUUUAUUGACUUCAUGAAGGCCUUUGACUCGGUGAACCAUACCAUCCUAUUACAAAAGUUGAAAGCUGUUUGUAUAUCAAGAAAAUUUACUAUCUUGGAUGAGAAGCUACCUGUUAAAUCGUAACCAAUUUGUUCAAGUUAAUGAAGUGAAAUCAGACACUAGCUCUAUCAAGUUUGAAGUACCACAAGGGUCAAUCUUAGGACCCAAACUGUUCUCCCUUUAUGUCAAUGACUUUCCUGAAUCUGUAACCUCGGGAGAACUUUAUAUGUUUGCUGAUGAUACUACCAUAUUUACCAUAAGUGAUAAUAUUGAUACUAUAAUUAAGGCCAUGCAAGUUAUACUAGAUCAAGUUCUUAGUUGGUGUGGUGCUAACAGAUUGAUUGCUCUUAGUUGGUGUGGUGCUAACAGAUUGAUUGCUCAUGAAACUAAGUCAUAAGCCUUAUUAUUAUCUAAACAAAGAUUCAUUGGUCCAUUGUUGCCUUUGAAGUAUGGUGAAAAAUUUAUUGAAUUAAAAUCAUCAUGUAAAUGCCUAGGAGUAACUAUAGACAGUAAUCUUUCUUGGCAAGAACACACUAAAAGUCUGUUAAAAUCUUUUAAUAAGAAAAUAGCAGUCCUCAGAAGAAUUAAAUUCUUGCCAUCAUCCAUUCUACAGACCAUUUAUUUUAGGACUGUACUUCCAAGUGUCUUCUACGGAAUACUAGUAUGGGGUUCCUGCUCACCUGCACUAAUGGAUGAUCUUGAGCGUGCUCAUAUACGAGCUUCUAAACUUAUUUUUAAACUUUCAAGGAAUUCCAAUGGUGAUCAAUUAAAUAAAUUGAAAGGCUGGAACAAUUUAUCAUUUUACUACACUAAGAGACUGUUAGUAGAAGCGUAUAAAUCCUACUAUAGAUGCAAUACCAAUGUUUUAAAUGAUCUAGUAAUGUUAAAACAAUCAUCUCACUGCCUGAGGAAAUCAAUGAAUAUUGAAUUUCCAAGUCCCAAAACAGAAAUUGGCAGGCUGACUUUUAAGCAUAGAGCUGCCAUUGCUUGGAACUCACUUCCUGAUUCGAUCAAAAAGUCUUCUAGCUUAGAAUGUUUUAAAAAAAGACUUAGAUCUAGCAAGGACUUAAUUAAUUCUAUAAGCUAUAAUAAGGAAUCUUCCAUGAUAAGAAAUAGGAAUGAGGAAUUUCUUUAUUAAUCUUAUUUAUAUUUGUAUUGUUAUUAUUAUUUAUUAUUUAACUUCUGUUGAUUUUCUAUUUAUUCACAUGUACAUACUUUAGUUUUUUUUAACAAGUAGAUAGGCAGGUCCACAUCAGGACUUCAGUCUUGCGUAUUCUGUAACCUGCGUUACCAAAUAAACUAUGUAUGUAUGUAUGUAUGUAUGUAUGUAAUAUGUUUGAUUUUAUUCCAGGACUGUGCGUUUAACAAACUGCAGUCUAAUUCAGCGCUCAGAGUCUCAUUCCAGGGAAACAUGGGUAGUUCCAAGUGUAAUCGGUGGUAUUUUAAGUUCAAUGGAAAUGAAUGCAGUGGACCAAUGACGAUUGAGGCUGCUGUUCACAACUACUGGCCAUCUGACCCUUUUCUACAUCGUCAUCGGUCAUUUGAGGGGUACUGUGAAAACAUCCCACAAGGGGCAGUUAGAGUGGAAUUAUGGGUAGGACAGUGCGGUGGCGUGACCCUGGGUAAUGCGCACACUGGGUGGAAUUCAGUGUCCCGGAUAACGAUUGAAGAAGUAUCUAGGCCCCAGUCCUAA